AUGACUUUCGCAAUAAGAGCAUACCACGCCUUCGGUAUAGGCCAACUUCUACAAUCACCCAAGAUAUCCACGACAGUCAAGCUCGCAGAGUGCUUAUUCGCACGUCUACAUGAGCAGGCACUGCGUUCCGUACAUGGAGUGCCAGGCUUACAUUGGGUCGGUAAUUGCAACGAGCUCAAUGCAGGCUAUGCCGCCGAUGGCUAUGCACGCAUCAACGGCGUAGGCGCUGUCAUAACGACGUUUGGAGUGGGAGAGAUAUCCGCCGUAAAUGCGAUUGCCGGUGCAUAUGCCGAACCAGCAUUAUUUGUGCAUAUCGUUAGCACGGCGGGAAGAUCUAUCCAAGAUUCCCGGGCCAAGGCCCAUCACACUUUCAAUGAUGGCAAUCUUCAAUGGUUUGCACAGAUAUGUGCCGCCAUCACAGUUGCCCAGGCGAGCAUGCGGGAUGCCCAUUCCACCCCGGAUCAAAUUGGUACGGUCUUAGGGCAGUGUCUUUCAUCAAACCGCCCUGUUUACAUCCAGAUGCCUGUCGACAUGGUUGAUGUUACCGUUACGGUGGCAAAUUCGAGGCUGCAGUCCUCGCUGCUGCAUGAGAAGUUCACAAACAUUUGGUUUGCACCAUCCUACGACUCUGUCUUGUCAAUUGUGUUGGAGAAAAUAAAGACCGCCAAGCAGCCGAUGAUACUUGUGGAAGGCGAAAGCAGAGCACUUGGGAUCACCCAGGAUGUCCAGAGCGUUGUUGCGAUCACGAAUUGGCCAACCUGGACCAAUAUAUUUGGAAAAGGUCUGGUCAAUGAGGCUCUCACGAAUGUUAUCGAGGUGCUUAUGAUCCGAAAACAAAAGGCUGAGUAG